CUCAUAGUUGUACUAUCUAAAGAUCAACAGAGAUCGUCGACCUUGAUCUUCAAGUAUUUCCGUGCUGGGCCACUAAUCUGGAAGGAUCCUGGGGAACACCCGCAAAAUGUUUAAUAUAUUUCCUUGGUGGAAGACCAUAGUUGUCUUGUAUGUACUCCAUAACUUUUCCUCGACGAUCCGAGCUACAACUCCACAAUCAUCUACUUGGAUAACAAAAUUAGGGAGGUUGCACCAGAAGGAAGGAAGGUAUUGAUUCAAUAAAGGUGCGCUAGAAAUAAGAUAGCCCCCGAGCAGUUUCCCCAAGUAGGACUGGUUUUGAAACGCUUUUUUCAGUGAGUGUUUCUAAGUAUGCCAUUCCCGUGCUCUCAUGGGUUACUUGCAUAUUUUUACAAUCGAUCGCGAUCUCUUGUCCAUGCAGCACACUAGCAUAGUUUCUCUGAGCAUCAUCUUAAAGAACAAGUAAAAUGGCAGCCUCCAAAGCAGAGUUGCGUGUCUACGUCUCCGGCCUCCCCGAUGAGACGGCGCUGCCAGCAGCAGAGUUGCAGAAUUUUGUGGGAGAUGGCCUGGGAUUUCGACCGAAGUCGGUCUUCUGGACGGGCAAAAAAAUGGGCAUGCAACUUAAGUCAGAAGAUGAAGUGGAUCGGGUACAGUGCAAAUAUACAUUGAAUAAUGUUGAGGGCUUGAUCUUUAUGAAUGUCAUACAGAAUCCUCACAUAUCUUUGAUAUCUCCAUCUAAGGGUGAAGUGAAUGUUUAAAAUAAGUUCUCACUAACAUUGAGUUAUCAUCAUUUGAAAACGUGCUAGGUCGUUUCGUAUGUGGACCAGCAAGUCUAUGCCGAUGCGGCUGGAACGCGCUACACGCUGCGAUGCGAACGUGCACACAGCCCCGUAAAUGAGGGAGACCUGUCGACCUCGGUGGUCAUCGAUGCUCCCACGUCCGAGGAUGAAAUCCGUGCUUGCCUCUCCGAAAAUCUGAGGCAAAAGUGCGCUAUUCGGGACGCCAGCAAUAAGGUGCUGGGAGGUUCAUCCGCUGACAAAAAAGAUCAGAGCAAGUGGCGUGUAACGUUCGCCAGUGGAGCGGUCGAACAGGGUUUCGCUCAGUUGCAGAAGGAGUUCGGUGCACAGCGCGUACAGCUUGCGAGCGUCUUGCCGCAGAUGGAGAGCAAUCGUGCGGGACGGCUGAUUGUGCGCAACCUAAACUUCGCGGCUGAAGAAAUUCACGUUCGCAAGGCGUUUCAAAAGUUCGGAAAGCUCAAAGAGGUCUCUCUGCUAAAGCACAAGGAUACCAACAAAACUCGUGGCAUAGCUUUCGUAGAAUUUCUGGAGCGAAACGACGCCAACCGCGCGCUAGCGGAGAUGAACGGCCAGCAAAUCUGCAAGCGGGCCGUUGCAGUCGAUUUCUGCGUCGGGAAGGACAUUUACACGCAAGUAGAAGCAUGCAAACGGGCAGCAGCGAAGGCAUCAACUUCAUCACCUACGAUGGAUGGUGAGGGCAAAAAAGGCGCAGACGGUGCUCCUGCCGAAAAAGACCAGAAAGAAAAACCGGUAGCAAAGACAAAAGCUGCGAAGAAGAAGAAAGAGGAUGUUGUUGAGGACAUGUCUCAGGACUCCUCAGAGGAAGAAGAAGAUUCCGACUCGUCAGAUGACGAAGAGAAGGAUGGAAAUGGCGGCAAGAAGGAGGCAGAAUCUUCCUCGAAGGGUGGUGCAGCGGUACUGAACAGCGAGGAAGACAAGCGACGCGAGGUUUUCGUGCUGAACGUCCCUUUCGACGCCACGAAAGCCGAUAUUGAGGCUGCUUUCGCCCAGUACGGCCCCGUCGCGCGAGUGUACCUCACCCCAGAUCACAGCGGUGCGAACUCGCACAGGGGUUCCUGCUUUGUCAAGUUUGUGCAGGAGAGCUCAGUAGAAAAGACUCUCGCAGAGGAACGCCGGUUGCAAGAGAAACUACGAGAGUUCGGAUGUAAACAAGCCGUCGGUAUUGGCCAAGGUGCUACCGCAACGAAGCUCGAGGGAUUCGGCCUCGUGGUAAAAGGACGUCGCCUCAUCGUCAAGCGGCUGGAGACACGAGAGGACGUAGCUGGAAAGUACUUCUUACUAACUUUUAUGAUCUUCAAUUGUCAAGUCUCAGAUUUUCUAUGUGGUCAGCAAGACGAACAACUUGUUGCAUUAUCAUUUCAUCAGUCUUGGUCUUCUAGAAGUCCUUCCUGACGAGUGUCCCCCUUAUCUAUCAUAAGCAUGAACAUUGAUUGGUCCCAUUUAUCUUAGGUCGAAGAAAUCGUUGAAAGAACAGCGACAAGCGACGAGGAAUCAGUGGAGCCAUCUCCUCAAAGUUGGUGAUCUCGAUGAAACCUCACCUGAAUUCAAAGCCUUGACGAAACAAGAGCAGAACCUGCGAAAGCAAUCGCUUAGCGAGAAAAAAUUCAAGACGAAGGACCCCAACUACAUUAUCAACCCAAAGAGGUUGCUAGUCCGGAAUCUCGAACUGAACAUGGAUGCAGGAGCCCUGCGCAACAAGCUGGUAGAAGUUAUUGACGCCAUUGACACCGCAUCUUCCGCAGCUGGGGACGAAGGUGCUGCAUCAAAUAAGGUUGAUGACCUUCCAUCCUCGUCCACCGGCGAAAGCAAGAAGAAGAAGAAAAACAAAGAUCAUAAAAAGGCGAGUGCCGCGUCAGCUUUUAGGCUGCAACCGCUAUCUGCAAUUCCGAAGUCUAGAAGGAAGGAAGUGGAGCAAAGAAUAGGCGGCAUCCGCGUUAUGCGUAGUGACGAUCGCAAGACAGCGGAUGGUGUGCGCCGGUCGUUGGGCUACGCCUUCGUUGAAUUUGACAAGCACGAAGAUGCCCUUCGCGUGCUGCAGCGGAUGAACAACAGCGGUCCAGCGUUGGCGCUAAAGCGACGGCUCGUUGUGGAGUUUUCCUUCGACGACAAGCGGGCGCUUCGUGCGCAAGAACAGGCGAAAAAAAGGAAGGAAGAAGCAGCAGCUGCGAGUAAAAAGCGUGCUGCUGCGACGCAGCAAUACGAAGGUGAGCAGACGGGUGACGAACAAAAAGGCAAGGGCAAGUCUAAGCGACGAAAGGUAGAGCAGAAGACAGAUGGCGCUGAAAAAGACGAAAGCAAGAAACUCAAUCGGGGCGCGAGACAGAGGCAGAGAAAACGUGAACGUAGAGAGGCUCAGCAAGGUAAUACUCCGACAACUACAGGGCCCGCGGCACCAGGUCGAAAGAACGGAAAGAACCAGGCACCGGGCUCCUCGGCCAAAUUAGUGCGCAAAGGCGCAGACAAGAAUGGUCCUAGACGGGAAACUGUGAAGGAGGGCAAACUUGCGGAACGGCAAGCACUUCUUCGCGCACAGCGUGCGAAGGAGCGAAUUAAGCAUAGUCAAACAGAUGAUCUUGAAGAAAAAUAUAUGCGCCGAAUGAAGGGUUAAAAAACACCUUGAAUCAUCUCCACGUCUGAAUUGGUCAAGGUAGAGCGGGUUGAUAUGAAUAUUAUUUCAUAAUGCAUCAUGAUCUGGUUAUUCGUUUGAUGGAACCACACUAACUUUAAUAUAGCUUGGCUCACAUAGCAAUUGUUCGCAGAGCAACCGGUGUUGUUUAU